GAUCGAAUGCUCGGUUCUUAAACGCCAUAUCAUUGGCCAACACAAUCAGAACAACCAACCAGAUGACGCGUUAUAAAAUUAAAAUGGUGUACAUGUGUAGAUGAAACACCGAGUGACAUAUAGCGAGAAAGUCAAAUUUAAUUGAAUAUUAAAGUUAUUAGCCGAGCAGGAGAUCGCAAAUGAUGUUCCAAUUCAUCGAGCAUGCGGUGUUCACGCUCGUUCUGGCGGUGCUUAUCAGCGUCUACUACCGGAAGGGGCCCCGCUACUUCAUGAAGAUCAUCGUCCUGGCGGUGAAUGAACUUCCGAGAGUGCAGACCCUGAUUGACCAGGUCCUUAAGAAGGAGGUCACAAGCUUUGUCAAAUCGUCCACGUUGGCGCAGGAUGUAGUUGCCAGCAAGCCGCGUAUUGUUCUUCCUAAAUCAGCGUUCAGCUCGGAUGACCUCCGUGUCCAGAUGGGCAACCUUCUGAAGCGAGAAUGCAACACGCAGGAGGACGGUAACGUGUUCGCUUACACGUACACCAUGAAGGACGAACACUUCAAAUUGCAAGCGUAGGCGUUUGACAUGUUUGAAGAUUAUGGAUUUCUCAAACUGGAGUUCAGGGCUCAAAUGGUUAUUGGAAAGAAAACAAACUGAUUUGCGGAUAAAAAAAUCGUUCAAGUUUUUGCCACCAGUAACGAAGAAAAACAUACAAUCAAUACAAAACGAAUAGUAACUGCAAAAUUAAUGCAUGCCGUUGCGACGAUCACUUUCUUGUUCUCGGGUAGUUGAAAAGAUCUUAUAGCCAUUUUUAAACGCUUAAAUGGUUUUGACAAGACUUGCUGAGAUUUGUGUGUGUGUAUGUUUUGUGAAAUGUGUUAUGCCUUGAAUAAUAAAUCGU